AUGGAUGAUGACGACGAUGAAGUCCCCAACCUCAUCCAAAGUGGGGAGAACGAAAUCAACAAAGCCAAUACAUACAGCACCGGCACCUCGACUUUGAAGAAGGUACCGAUCACGAUCGUCACUGGCUAUCUCGGGGCCGGCAAAACGACUCUACUGAAUUACAUCCUGACCGCCGAGCACGGCAAGAAGAUUGCUGUGAUUCUCAACGAAUUCGGCAACACGGCGGACAUUGAGAAAUCCCUGACCGUCAACCAAGGAGAUCAAUCGUCAACGGAAUGGAUCCCCCUCGCGAACGGGUGUAUCUGCUGCAGCGUCAAGGACUCCGGCGUGGCGGCGCUGGAGUCGCUCGUCGAGCGGCAGAAGAACUUCGAUUACAUACUGCUCGAGACCACCGGCGUGGCCGACCCGGGCAACAUUGCGCCCAUGUUCUGGCUGGACGAGGGUCUGGGGAGCAGUAUCUACCUGGACGCGAUCGUCACGGUCGUCGAUGCCAAGAACAUCCUGAGAAGUCUGGACGAGCCUGCUCCCGAGGAGGUCCCGGACGAGGAGGAGAAGAAUGCUCAACAUCACCAUGAGACGCCCCUCCUGACGACCGCCCACCUUCAAAUCUCCCAUGCCGACACCAUCAUCCUCAACAAGACGGACCUCGUCACCGAUACCGAGCUUGCCGCCGUCCAAGCACGAAUAUCUUCCAUUAACGGCCUCGCACGUAUCAUCCUGACGAAACAUUCCCAAGUCGACAAUCUGAGCGGCACGAUCCUGGAUCUCGACGCUUACUCAACUUUCCCCACUGCGACCUCGAGCGGGACUGCAAUGCCCGACUUCGCAUCCAAGGGCCACUCCCACCUGGACCCGACUAUAUCCACGUUGACCAUUCCCUUGCCGCCAUUCGAUCCGCAGAAACUGCCGCUCCUCGUCGGCUGGCUGGAGACCAUCCUCUGGGACGCUGAAGAGCGACAGAAAGGCAGAAGUACAAGGUAUGAAGUGCAUAGGACCAAAGGCUUGGUGAGAUGUACAGAUGGAUCCAGUCGGGUUGUGCAGGGCGUGCGAGAGAUCUUCGAACUGAUCGAAGUCCCGCCCACUGCGGAUGCGGAAAAGGCAGGGGCAGAAGGCAAGAUUGUUUUCAUCGGGAGGAAUGUAGAUCUCAUCCGGGACAUAGAGAAUGGAGGGUUUGAUCAUCAUUAA